CACCCGCAAACUCCCGCAACCGCAACUGCGGUUACACCAGUCAGACCCUUAUUUAGGAUACGAUCCAUUGCGGGUAAACACAAAGUAAUUUGUGUAUUGUCUAAAAAAUACUCGGAUAAGCCUCUUAUUCUUACAUUGGAUUCUCAAGAAUCAUGGAGAACAAUAACCAAAGGACGUUGCCCUAUGCAUCGUCCAACUGGAGAAUAUGGGCGAUGCUUCAAUGGGAUUCUGUAUUAUAAAGCUCGUCUUCUUGGUGAUGGUCAUGAUAUCAUAAUGAGCUUUGAUGUCAAAUCUGAAUACUUCAAUCCUAUAAAGUUUCCGGAGGAGGAUCGCUCUCGUCAGCUUCAUAUGAUACCUUAUAAGGGACGGGUAGCCUUAGUUACUCUUACCUCUAAUGUUGUUAAACUCUAUAUUUUGAAAGAUGCACACGGAAACGAGUGGAUGUCACGCUUUGAUCUUCGUCUACCAUGUAGGAGAGUAGGGAGGAAUUCUAUACAUUUCAGGGGUAUUACAGAUGCUGGUGAGCUUAUUUUUGCUCCGUACAGUUUCUAUCAAGAAUCUUAUAUUUUAUAUUUAGAUCCGAGGAGACACAGUACUAGAAAAGAAUUUUUUGGAAGAGGCCGUUGUGGAAUUCAUAGCAACCACAACAAGUUCACUGUGGAAGUUUUCCCAAAUCACAUCGAGAGUUUAUUCUCUUUAUAG